AUGGAAACCGACCUUCCACUCCCCCUGUCUCCGGCCUUUCUUAAAGUAACCAGGGUACGUGCUCAAGUCUGCCCCAGGGUGUGCGCCCCCAACUUGCCCCGCAGCGUGACCCCCAGGCCCGCGGGGCGCUGGGCAUCCCGCGCCGCACGCUCCACCCUCCGCGCGGUUCCAUCAGCUAGCCCAACCCCCGGCCCGCCUCCGGCUCGCUCCCAGCGCCCCACCCCUGGCCCGCCGCGCUCUGCCCCGCUCGCCCCUCCGCUGCGUCCGACCGCCCGGUCGCUGGGCGGCUCCCGCGGCUCCCGGGGCUCCAGCGGCAGCCCCCCCUGUCUCCAUGGCGACACGGCGUCCCAGGCUCGCAACUCGGAACCCAGCGCCGGCGGCGAGCGGGUCUGGCCCUCCUGGUCAACCCUUCGAGGAAUCUCUUUGGCAGGGUCGCCAGCGGGUUGGGGCUCUGGAGCCCCACGGCUGCCGAGGCACCGCCCGAGAAGAAACUACCUAGACAAGAAAGAUGUUGCAAAGGCAUCAAAAAGCAGACCGAAUGGCACAUUGCUAGUGUUUGACCCAAAGGAUGCCUUGGACGAAGACCAAGAUUGGCAAGCAAGCUUUAUACUUCCCCGACACAGAUCUCCCUGGGAAUAGCUAAUACAUUCUCAGCAAAGAAGGAACCCUGUGCGAAGAAGACGGAAGAGAAAGUCUCCUCAAAAAGUCCUGAAAGGAGUGUUGAAAAUAAGGAUGUC